AUGACUCGAUGGUCGGAUAAUCAUCAUUUGGAAACACCCUGCAGCGGUCUUUAUCAUCUGCCAAUCCAAAUAAUUCAUCACCUGUCAUAUAACCAUUCCCGGUGGACACUCAUUCUACCAUACAGCAGUCUAUGCAUCGAAUUUACGACUGACCUAUGGUGUGAACUCAUCCAAAUGCAACACUCCUUCUCCCUUGACGAGUGUCCUUGGGUCGUUAGUGGGGACUUUAAUCAAAUCAUGCACCCCUCGGAGCACUCGGAUCCUAUGAUCAAUCACUUCACAUCAGAUAUGUUAGAAAUGAGGGAAAGUAUGAGACAGCUCGAGCUUUUUGAUCUUCGUUACCAAUGCUCUCCUUUUACCUGGUCAAACAGACAACCUGCAGACCCGUGCGCUAAGAAACUUGAUAGACUCCUGGUCAAUAACCACUGGCUCGCGCGCUACCCUCAAAGUGCCGCUAUCUUCUCUGCCCCCGACUUUUCUGAUCACACCCCUUGCCAUCUCAACCUAGCCACCCCUCUCCCCCUCGCAGGAACAAAGCUUUUCAAAUUCUUUAACAGUCUCACCACCCUCCCAUCUUUUCUCCCCUUGAUUGAAGCUUCUUGGACUCGAGCCGGAACGUUACUGCAUCAGGGAGUGGGUUUGUCAGCCUUGUGUGCAAAACAAAAGAUCCUAAAAAGAGAGCUCUUAAAACUAAGUAAACAGACUUUUUCUGAUAUCCAAAAACGAGUGAGUGAGACUAAUGAAAAUGGCAACACUUGCGAUCUCUCACUUCCAAGCCACCCUUGCUCCGGAUGUCUUACUGAGACUUACCCUUGGAUCAAAGUAAAACUUGGCAAUGGAGCGAACACUCGGUUUUGGAUAGAUAACUGGUGCGCUAUGGGUAGUAUGUCAACCUUCUUGGCCAGUGAAAGCUCACGGCAGGUGGGGAUUCCCAGAGAUGCAACCCUGGCAUCACUCUGGAGAAGCGGCGCGUGGCAUCUCCCUCCGGCGAGAUCUGAGCGUCAAGUCUCUUACCAGCUCCAGCUCUCCCUGCUGAAUCUUUCGCCUGACACAGAAGACACAUAUCAGUGGUGGAUUGAUGAUCAUGCAAAAAAUAAUUAUAACACUGGCAGUAUCUACUCGGCUAUCAUCGAGCAAUACCCCUCUGUACCUUGGAGCAGGAUCAUCUGGUUCUCACAACGGAUUCCUAAGCACAGCUUCCUCGCUUGGCUCGUCGUACUUAAUCGAUGCCCCACUAGAGAUCGAAUGAGGGAAUGUGGCCUUCAAGUUGAUCCGCUUAGUGUACUCUGUAAUUCGGCAGCAGAAUCCCGCGACCACCUCUUCUUUGACUGCCCGAUUCAUCGCUCCUCUUUCAAACCCGUGCAUGUCUUGAUCAGGCAAAUUCAUCAACUGAUCCGUAAUAGGGCGUCGAGCCUUCGCCCAUCUAAUCCUCCUCUCGCCUCUGCGCUCCUUCAGAUGUGGUUCGCAGGUAAUAAAACUUCAACUUCAACUUUGUUGGUAUAUGGUCGUUCCAAUUUUGACGUUAAGUAUGCCAUUGGUGAUACACAAAAUAUUCUCACUCAAACUCUUGGUGUGAGAGGACUACACACUUCUGAAUUCACCCUUGCGAAGAUGAUUUGGGAUCUUGAAAACGUACAAAUCCCAAAAGGUGCAACAACGGAUCGCUUGUUUGAGAGAAUCGCUGCAAAACUCUUGGAGUUAGAGACUAAGCCGACUUUGUAA